AUUUAUUUUCUUUUUUGCGUUGCAGGGACGGUUUUAUAGGAGUUAUAGUUGCUUGAAAUGACAUCAGAAUCGGCCAAAACCUUCUCGUCUCCCAUCAAGAAGCAUGAUGACAAGCCAUCAUUUGCAUCACCUUUGUCCAAUUUACGACUCCUCACGGAUGUAGCCUGUGCCGAAUUCUGCGAAACUGAAAUCCUCUCGCAAAACUCCAUUGCCAGUGACGUUUCAAGUAUAGCUGGAGAUUCUCCGAGACCAGGCGGUGACGACGCCAACGUACACGAUGAUUUGGACUCCAAACUCGAACAGAACGGAAACUCAAAUCCGAAACGGGGGGAAAAGUUAUCCGACAUUUGCUCACGAUUCCUGGACAUGCUUCCGCUGGAAGACAUCCCGAAAGAGAAACGCCCAUUACUAGAUAUGGGUAAAGUAGAGACGUACCUGGGCGUUGAACGUCGUCGGCUGUACGAUAUUCUCAACAUCAUUGAAUCCCUCUCAAUCGUCGAAAAAUAUCAGAAGAAUUUCAUGCGGUGGAAUGGGACUUCAAAGCUGGCUCAUACAUUGCAUCGAUUGAAGUCCCUCGCUCAGAUUCAGUUCACGCUUGACGAACUGAGUUAUAUCCUUGACGACCUGGUGUAUCGCAAGGUAUACGCCGGGGUUGAUAACAAACCCGACUGUGGACUGCACGAGCUCUAUUGCGCAUGCAUGAAGAAAGGCGGCUGCGAGGACCCCACUUGCAAAAACUACGACGAACUGAAACUCAAGCACGAUAUUCAAGAGCAGAUAGAGCGAAUUGUUGACAACGGGUACGGGAAAUUGAAAGCUGCGAAUUCGGUUCCCUUGGCUAGUGAUUCGUUGAAAGCUGAUCGUCCACUUGGCAUCAUUUGCCAACGCUUCCUCAUUCUUAUGUUGCUGCAAAAACCACCGCGAGCGCUUAGUAUGCAAAGUGCGUUGAAACUGAUGAAACUAGAUUGUAUGCAGCAACUCGAAGCUGCUGGCAAGUUCACUCCGUCUGACCAAAGCCUGGACAUCGCAUCCAAGAUUGCGGAGAUGGAGUCGAAGAAACUAGGCCUGUUGCGCACGCGUUCUCGCAGAUUGUACGAUGUGUGCAACGUACUUGGAUCACUUGGAAUCAUCAAGCGUGCGCGUUUGAUCCGGUUCGAAAUGGAUUGUGUCGCGGGCUUUGUUUACUGUGGUCCGGAUCCUGAAUCUGCUGUCAACAUCACGCCGAGCCCUUUGGUAGGCACGAGACAAUCUCUUCUCGCUGACCAGCCGUCUUUGCAGGAACAUGCGAAACUCAAACGGAAAGAAAAUUCCGACGGUGCAGCUAGGGAGCGUAAACGAGGCAAGUUCGUACGCCAUUUAUCAUUGGGCGACAUGCCCAAGCAGCCGAUCUCAAUUGCCGUGGACGGUACUUCGUCGCCAAAGCCAAGAGCCAAGUCAAUCCUCAAAGACCUGCUGAACUGUUCUCCUUCUCAUCCGCCGGCAACCGUUCGCAUUGGAUCAGCCAUCGAGUCCAUGACAACGGCCGCAGUUUCAGCUGCCAACGGGUUCACGUUACGCAGGCACAAAUCAGAAAGCGUCGUCGCGUUGCCGCAAAGGUUCAAAGUUGUUUAUGUGAGCAAGGGUAUCCAAGUGAUGACUGCUGCGCAGUUGCAAGAGGUGCUGUGCAAGAAAAAUGGGUUAUAGAAAGGCUGUCUUUCAAGUUUUUUUUUUACGUUUUUCCGUGGGAGCCACCCCAUUUUGAAUAGGUGUUACUUCCCUGACAAGCUGAGACUCAAGUUCAUCUCGCGUGAAAGUUUUUGAUGCAGCUCUUCAGGGUUGCCACCAAUUUAUAGCCAAGUUUAUCACUGUUGUAUAUUAUUGAUACAAAAUUGAUCCAUUGAUUGAUCUCUCAGCUUGGGCACAAGCUGGUUCUAGAAAACAAUUGUUUUUCUAUGUUUUUUUGAACGCUUUCUUUGUUUCCCGCUAGUCAGUUGAGGGGCCUUGAUCGAAUCCAUGGCUGGGUUACGUAUUUUUUAUCGGUCAAAUUGUAUUGCUGAUAUCAAGUUAGGGCUUUUUUCAAUUAUUGGUGAGCUAUACGCGUGGCAAUUGUUUUGCUUUCAGCAAAUUGAUUCAUUUUCACGCAAAAAGAGGUGGUGGGUGUGGAGUUGCAGUGCUUCCAACCUGCCCAAUGUAUUUUUUAUCUCUAUUUUGCCGAUUAUAAGGGCUUCGCGAGUGCUGUCCUGUAUGCAACUCGGUUUUUGUAUUCUACGACGUUCGAACAGC